CUGAAUAGGCUCCGGCGAUUAUCCGCCGUCGAAGGUUGAAAUGUGCAUCCACUUCCAACACAACUGAAGGAAAAACAGAGACAAUACACUGAAAGUUGAGGCUCUCAAUCUGAAAACGUUUUCACUUUGUUGUUAUUUUAUUGAAAGAAGAUUGCUUAGUCUCACCAAUCAAUCGAAGAGAGGCAGCGGACAGCAAACCAAAAUUUGCACAACCCAAGGAAAGAAUCCCAUCUCUUAUCUUCGAUCAGAAGGAAAAGAAUUUGAUUGAUUGGUGAAGUUGUGGAAUUUCAUUCAAUGGCAAUGACGCUUUGGCUUAACAAAAAGAUCGUGGAUCCUCUUCUCCAAAUCCUCCGCAAGGGAGCCGAACCGAAGCAAUUGGCCUUCUCUGCAGCUUUGGGGAUUACUUUGGGAAUAUUUCCAAUAUGUGGGGUUACAGUGUUACUGUGUGGGAUGGCUAUAGCGUUGUUGGGAUCUCUCUCCCAUUCCCCUACUGUCAUGCUUGCCAACUUCAUAGCUACUCCAAUUGAGUUGAGUCUGGUUGUGCCCUUCCUGCGCUUCGGUGAAGCCAUAGCUGGUGGACCUCAUUUUCCAUUAACUUCAGAUGCUUUGAAGAAAGUUUUGACUGGCCAUGCUUCCCACGAAGUCCUCCUUAGUAUUGCCCAUGCUUUGUUGGGAUGGCUUGUUGCGGCACCCAUUAUUUUGGCCAUACUCUACAUACUCUUUUUGCCCAUUUUCAAGGUUCUAGUUCCCAAGUUCAGCAGUGUUCCUUUGAGCCCAAAGAAACCACUUCAUUCACAUUCAGAAGUUAGGCUUAAGGUGAGGGAUGUUUGAUUAAUGUUGUAAUUUGUAUAUUUCUUUCACAGAGCACAUUGACAGGCAACUGUCAUUACAUGUUUCUAACCUAAUAAUACUUGUAUAUAAGUUUCUCUAAGAUUUCAUGUAUAAAAAUUGUGCUUUAUGGACCUGGUUGUGUUCA